UGCCUUAGGGUUGAGAGACCAGUUGGCGAGUGAAGUUAAUUUCCAGAGGUGACCAGGGCUGUGAAGACAGUGCAUGGCAGCUAAGGACUGCCUUUCACUAGGAGUCCAGGGAAAGUGAAGAUACUGGAACUUUGGUGUGAGCGACAUUAUGAAGUUCACUUUACGUACAAACAACCUGGGGAAGGAGGAGGAUAGAGGAAGAAGAUGAGUUGAAUCUGCUGGUUAUCAUAGUUGACACCAACCCGAUUUGGUGGGGAAAGCAAGCGUUAAAGGAAUCUCAGUUUACUUUAUCCAAGUGCAUGGAUGCCGUGAUGGUGCUGGCAAAUUCCCACCUGUUCAUGAACCGCUCCAACCAGCUGGCCGUCAUCGCCAGUCACAUUCAGGAAAGUCGAUUCUUAUACCCGGGGAAGAAAGGCAGACUUGGAGACUUCUUCGGAGACCCUGGCAACGCCCUUCCUGACUGCAAUCCCUCUGGGAGCAAAGAUGGGAAAUAUGAGCUGUUGACAGCCGCAAAUGAGGUGAUCGCUGAGGAGAUCAAGGAUCUGAUGACCAAGAGUGACAUCAAGGGCCAGCAUACAGAGACACUACUGGCAGGAUCCCUCGCCAAAGCUCUUUGCUACAUUAACAGAGCGAACAAGGCAGUUAAAGAUAAUCAGGAGAUGAAAUCAAGGAUUUUGGUGAUCAAGGCUGCGGAGGACAGCGCGCUGCAGUACAUGAGCUUCAUGAAUGUCAUCUUUGCUGCUCAGAAGCAGAAUAUCCUCAUUGAUGCCUGCGUCCUAGACUCGGAUUCAGGGCUCCUCCAGCAGGCUUGUGACAUCACUGGAGGACUGUACCUGAAGGUGCCACAGAUGCCUUCUCUCCUGCAGUACUUACUGUGGGUUUUUCUUCCGGAUCAAGAUCAGCGAUCUCAGCUCAUCCUCCCACCUCCAAUCCAUGUGGACUACAGGGCUGCCUGCUUCUGUCAUCGAAGUCUCAUUGAGAUUGGCUAUGUCUGCUCUGUGUGUCUGUCUAUUUUCUGCAAUUUCAGCCCCAUCUGCACCACGUGCGAGACAGCUUUUAAGAUCUCCCUCCCUCCUGUGCUGAAGGCCAAGAAGAAGAAACAAAAGGUGUCACUGUGAUGAGCGGUACAAGCUCCCCAUCUCUUCCCUCGGGCCGACUCUUUGUAGGGACCACGGAGGAAUUUGAAGCACUAUUCUGGUCCUGUGCUUCCAGGGUGUGAAGCUGAAGGGUCCCCACAUCUCGGAUUUAUCUGGGGGGGGGGGGGACACGAGCGUUUCUGUCAGUUGUUGUAGGGUAGCAGUUGCCUGGCAGUUCUAAGCUGUUGCUGCUUUGUCAGUUGUUGCUUUGAUUCUUGGUGCUGGGUUUUGAACCCCAGCCUUGCAUGAGCUAGGCCACAGCCCACACUGAGCUGUAGUCAGUUCCCUGGGGGUUUUGUUUUCAGAUGAUCUCAGAGCUUAUUAUGGUGGAUGCUGGGUCUUCUGUACUUCAAGAUGGGUCCUGUGUGAAGUUGAAAUUCCGUUCGGGAAGGUGACCAGCAUUGGGCUAUGGUACCAGUCAUAACAGAGCAUCCUAGUUGUUCAGGUGGUACACUGCUAGAAUCUUGAACUUGGGAGGCUGAGACAGGAAAGUUUUGGGUUCAGAUCCUGCAAGGGACAAGCCUUCAAUCUCAUCACUCAGGGAGCAGAGACAAAUGUAUCUCCGAGUUUGAGGCCAGUCUGGUCUACAUAAUGAGUUCAAACCAGCCAGGGUUGCAUCUUGCCACCUUGUUUACAAAGUUAUAAAAACCAAAACCCAGUAAUAUUAACAUUGGAGAACUGUUGAAUACUAGAAAUGUAAAUAAGUUCCAUAGAAACAUUUGUAAUCUCAACAAUAAAAAUCCUAUUUUUAUAUUUA